AUGGACUACGUCUCUAAAUGGGCGAAAGCUAUAGCUCUUCCUAACAAUGAUGCCAAGAGUGUGAUUAAUUUCAUUAACAAAUAUAUUUUCACUCGUCAUGGUACGCCUAAGGCAAUAAUCACAGAUGGAGAUUGGUCUAAGAAGCUUGAUGAUGCACUUUGGGCUUAUAGGACUGCAUUCAAAACUCCAAUUGGUAUGUCUCCAUAUCAAAUGGUUUAUGGUAAGGCUUUUCAUUUACCUGUAGAAUUGGAACACAAAGCAUAUGGGGCAAUCAAGUUUCUCAACUUUAAUGCCAAACAAGUGGGUGAAAGAAGACUGCUACACCUCAAUAUGAUGGAUGAAAUGAGGCUUCAUGCUUAUGAGAGUGCCAGAAUAUACAAGGAUAGAACAAAGCAAUGGCAUGACAAGAAGAUCAUCAAAAGGAAUUUACGAGUUGGACAAAAGGUGUUGCUUUAUAACUUAAAGCUCUGCCUUUUUCCAGGUAAGUUAUGCUCACGUUGGACUAGCCCUUUCAUAAUGAAGGAAAUAUUUCCUCAUGGAGCUUUUGAAUUGGUAAAAGGCAAUGAGAGCUUUAAUGUCAAUGCUUAA